CGGCACAUGAACUUGAACGCAUGAGAACACACACACGGCGGCGAGCGACCGAGCAAGCGAGCGAGGCGGUGACAUGGUCGUGGGAGCAGGCGUCAGUGGCUUGGGGAAUCCACACCUAACCGCCGCUUGAGGAUGUUAAAAUGUCAGUUCACGGCCCUUUGCUGUGUCGCUUGCUGAUGCUGCUAUCCCUGUGGAUCGUCCCCACACCAGCCUCCGGUCAUCCGCAACAGCGCCCGUGCCGGCUGACACAAAGAACGGCUCUCUGCAACAAUAGCAACCUCACGUCUGUUCCUGUGGGACUACCAGGCAGCACUGAGGAGCUCCAGCUCAAUUCUAACCUCAUUAAGACACUACAGGACGACUGUCUUCAAUACCCCUCACUCGCUACCCUCAGUUUGGCCUGCAAUCACCUGGAGAAAUUGGAGUCUAACACUUUUCAGCACUCCAAAUUGUUAAAAAGUCUGAAUUUUGCCAAUAAUAAUUUAUACGUCAGCUACCAAGAAACUGGCAAUGCUCUAAAGACGCUACCCAAGCUCAGAUCUUUAGAUCUUUCAGAGAAUACACUGGAUGAAGAAAUUGCUGCCGUUCUCCUUCAAAAUCUAACAUCCCUGGAGUACCUGAAUCUUUCUGGAAACCUCUUGCGACGCAUAGAUGAGACCUCAUUCGGGCAUCUCCACCUGCUCAAAGAGUUGGACCUGCAGAGGAACCUCCUGUUUGAGAUCGACAACGCCUUUGACGGCACUCCCAAACUACAGCGUCUCAACUUGGCCCUCAAUUAUCUGCCUUGCCUGACUGACUUCCACAUGACUCAGCUGGUGGUCCUCAACGCCAGCCACAACUUCAUAGAGUGGUUCAUCUCCCGGGAGGACAUCAACGACACCUUCCAAAUAGAGACGCUCGAUCUGUCGCACAACAAGCUGCUCUUCUUCCCGUUCUUACCCAACACAAGCCGCUUACGGAAUCUUUACCUGUCCUACAACAGGGUGAGUUUCUACGAGCGCCUGGAGGACAACGUCACCUUCCCUGAGACAGUCGAGUUCUACAACCUGAGGAACACUACAAAUAUAACGGCGAAGCUGUGGGACGACAACCUUCACGGUGACAUCUCCUCGCUUGAGACGUUGGACCUGCGAGGAAAUCAGCUGUGGUAUUUCCCGCAGGGAUUCAUCCGGAAAAUGCCGUCCCUGUCUCGGCUCCGGCUGUGCACAAACUGUCUCGAAAGUUUGAAUCUGACUUUGGAGCAAUUCUCUGGCAGCUUGUACGAGUUGGAUGUCAGCAACAACAGGCUGAAGGAGAUCGUAGCAGAUGACGUUACACUGGUAACUCUUGGUAAUCUGACAUACCUGAACCUCAGCCUCAAUGAUCUUGACUGCAUAUCUUCUGGACUAUUUUUAACAUUGCCAAGCCUUCGAUCAGUGGACCUGAGUUACAACAACAUAGGCAUCUGUCUUCCUGAGGAAGCUGAGGCCAGCACAGGCUCUGGAAUGGACUUGAAAACCACUGUGUCCUUAAGGCAGCUUUACCUGAAGGGAUGCAACCUUGGAAUGAUUCCACCGACUGCAUUCUCUGGCCUGUCUCUCACACAUUUAGACCUAUCGGACAACCCUAUGCUAAGUGGCCAACGAUCAAUACAAAGUCUGAGCAGCACAUUACAGCACUUAGGUUUGGGAAACACACACAUUGGGGACUUUGACUUCUCCGAUUUUCAGAAUCUGAAGUCUCUGAAUAUUUCACGCAAUUCUCUCCUGCGUCUUCCAGCAUCGAUCUUAAAUCUUGACCUAAAACUGCUUGAUCUGAGGGACAACAAGCUGUCCACUAUUCCCUCAGCUCAGGCCAACACAUUAGCUCCAAAACUUCACACGGUUUUCCUCACAGGAAAUCCAUUCAACUGCUGCCAGACAGAAUGGUUUCGGACAUUUGAAACAACAAAGACGAUCCAUGUGGUCGGACAGUCGGACAUGGAGUGUACAGAUCUCUUCCAAACACACAGCAUCCUACAUUCCCGGUUAUUUCUCUGUCAAGAGGAAAAUGGGGAAUCAAUAUUUUGGUACAUUAUCCUUUUUGCUUCCAUUUGCGUUUCUUUGGUGGGCAUUUUAAUUAUUGUGUUCCUUACACUGAAGCCCAAAGUGAUACACAAGUCCAUCAAAAAUAAAUGUUUCAAGCCUACAUCCUAUUGAUGCGCCAAAGCAGGGGUGUCCAAAGUGCGAACCAGGGGCCAUUUGUGGCCCACAGCUCUUUUUUUUUUUUUUUUUUUUUUUUUUAAAUUGGUCUACGACACGUUGUAAAAUUCAAACUAAAUAGGUCCCACAAGAUGAUGGCACACCCAUAGAAAAAAAUUCAGAAAAAGUUAGCAAAUCUAAGCAUGCGUAAGCUGACCUACCGCUCUGGAAAAAUCAAAGAGACAUGAGCUGCAACAAUUAGUCAAUGAUUAAUCAAUUAUCCAAUUAAUCAACAACUAUUUUGGUGCUGGAGUCAUCGUUUUUUAAUUUAAAAAUGUAAAUAUCCUGAUUUCAGCCUCUUAAUUGUGCUCUCCUUAGUCUUCCAUGAACGCACAUCUUUGCGGACCAAACCAUGUGUUUGGUUGUUAUUGAUUAGGUCCGUCUGGGGCCAAACAAAUUACUCAAUUAAUGGAAACAAUAAGCUUUAGAUUAAUCGACAAAGAAUAUGAUCGUUAGUUGCAGCCCUACUGCAAAAUUAUAAUUUUCUCUGAUUUUAUUGUCUUUGAGAAGCAAUGUUUUAUUCUGAUAACACUACUGACAACAUUACUGCCAAAUUACAAAUAGAAGUAAUUUAGAACAUUUAUUUGCAGAAAAUGAAAAAUGGUCAAAACACAACAAAAGAACUCCUUUCCUUGCAUAUUCAUUUUUAAAAUUCCUAAUACAGUGGAACGCUGGUUAGUGUCAUUCAUCCGUUACUGAAGGUCCAAUUGUAAACGAAACGUACUCUAACCAAAUAAAUGUUUCCCAUAUUAAUGUAAUUCCAUAUUAGUCCUGAAUUCCUGAAAGCUAAAAAUGUUAACACAAAACACUUUUUUAUAUACUGUAUAUAUUACAGAAUCAACCUCUGAUGACAUCAUAGGCGGGCGACAGAGCUGUCUUCUGCUUAUUGUUUCCAUGUAUUUGCAAGCUAAUAGGCUGCUAACAAGGAUGUUUUGUGAUAAAAAUACAUUAAGAACACAGUUGGACUCACGCCGGGUAUUAGUAACACAAGAUGCGUGCCAUAUCGUACGCCUACCGGAAAAUGUACACAAACCGAGGCAAACUGAAAAACACGCUAACCCAGGUUCCACUGUAGUAAUAAAAGAACAUAAAGUUCAGAAUAUUUGGUGGAAUAACCCUGAUUUUUAACCGCAGAUUUCCUGACUCCCAGCGUGCUCUCCACCAGCCCAAAUUUCAGAAGGUCUCUUAGAUUUUUCCAGAGCUGUACAUUAGAUUGGCUCGCGAAUCGUUUCAAUUUUUCUGGAAAAGGUUUGUACGUCUCUACAAAGUAUACAUAAACCUGUGAUAUUUUGGAUAUGAAAAAUCAAACUGUGAAUGUCAAGAAUAAACAUUUUGCUAAACUGUCUUAUCAAAGUCUUUGUUGU